UCCAUCAUGGGCGCCGGAAUCUCACGAGUCACUCGCCUCGUGAGAAAACCCUUGGAAACUCACAGAAGAGUGGAGAAAAUACUGGAAAAGAAACCAAAGCCUGCGCCAAAACACCCUAGUUCAGAAGCUGCAAUAGCUAAUGCACAAAAACAUAAUGAGGAGCUGUUUAAAGAAAGAGACAGAAAAGAUGACAUCCUUCUAGGCAGACUGAGAGAUUUCAAAAUAAUGGAUGCUCAGGAAGGGAAGCCAAUCAGUGGAGAGCAGGAGACAAACAGAAAAUUACCUAUAUCCCGCGAGUCGUCGAUGUCCCGUCAGGUGGGCGUGGUGCCGAAAGGGAAAAUAACCUCAGUCCAAUUAUCAGAACUUUUUGCGAAGAGAUUAGAGGAUCCUGACGAGUGGACCAAAUACAAACUUGCGGAGCAUUAUAAGUUAGACAAGGAAGCUUUAUCGUCAGUUUUAAAGUACUAUAGUGACUAUACAGUGGUGGCCAAAGCAGAACUACCCAGGCCAUUAAAUCCGUCAGUUCUUGGUUGACACAAAUGUCUCUGGUGCGAUCAUUGAAGAUGAUUGAUUUUGUACGUCAGGGAAAUAUCUUAUGGGGUUAAUUUAGUUGUUUUCGGCAGUCACGCUUUUCGACAGUCACGCUUUUCCCAGUUCCUUAAAAAAAGAGAGGUUCGUUUACGGACAGUAUCCAUCAAUUUAAAUUCAAUGUACUUUCUGGUGAAAUCUGUUUGACCACUUAUUUUUUCGCGUCAAUUCUGAGAAAACAGGAGACAGAAAAGCGACCGUCUUGCGCGGGAUUGCGGUCAAGAUUUUACGUGUAAUAAUUUCGUAAGCUCAUCUUCAACUAUCUGCCAUAAUUUGACAUUGGUACGGCCACAAGAAUUUGAAAGCGAUUUCAGAGUCCUGCGGUUGAUGCUGGUGGGAUAAUGUUUAAAUUCAUGUGAGAUUUCCUGUUUUUCGCGUACGAAUAUAAUGAUAGUUGCAAACAAACUGUGAAAA